AUGACUGCUGAAGUUAAGGUUGAGGAGAAGCAGGUGGAGUCAGAGGUUGUUAUCGCUGCUGCUGUUACUCCAGUGGAGGAGGAGGAGACAACAGUGAAAGCUGUUGUGGAAGAAGGAGAAGUCAAAGCUGCUGUGGAAGAAGAUGAGAGCAAGCCUCAGGGUGUGGAGAAGUCUUCUUCUUUCAAAGAAGAGAGCGAUUUCUUCUCUGACCUGAAAGAAUCCGAGAAGAAGGCUCUGAGCGAUCUCAAGUCGAAGCUUGAGGAAGCCAUUGUUGAAAACACUCUCUUCAAGAAGAAGAAAGCGACCCCUGUGAAGGUUGAGAAGAAGAAGGAAGCAGAGGAAAAGGCUGAAGACGAGAAGAAGACUGAGGCUGUUGUUACCGAAGAAGCCAAAACCGAGACUGAGGCGGUUACUGUUGCUGAGGAAAGCCCUAAAGAAGAAGCCAAGACCGAGGCUGUUGUUGCAAAGGAAAGCCCUAAAGAAGAAGUGAAGACUGAAGCUGUUGUUGUCAAAGAGGAUGAGGUUAAGGAAGAGGUCAAAGCUGGGAAUGUAGAGGAAGAGAAGAAGAGCGAGGUUGUAGUCACCGAAGAAGCGAAAGCUGAGGCUGUUGCUGAGGUGGAGGAAGAGGAAGAGAGUGUGGACAAAGAUAUUGAGCUAUGGGGAGUGCCGUUGCUUCCAAGCAAAGGAGCUGAAGGCACAGACGUGAUCCUCUUGAAGUUCUUGAGAGCAAGAGACUUCAAAGUCAACGAAGCCUUUGAGAUGCUCAAGAAAACCCUCACGUGGAGGAAGCAGCACAAGAUCGACUCGAUCCUCGGAGAAGACUUCGGCGAGGAGCUCGCCUCCGCGGCGUACAUGAACGGCGUGGACCGCGAGUCCCGUCCCGUUUGCUACAACGUCCACAACGUGUUCGAGAACGAGGAGCUUUACCAGACGACGUUCGGCUCAGAGGAGAACAGAGAGAAGCUGCUCAGGUGGAGGUUUCAGCUGAUGGAGAAGGGAAUCCAGAAGCUUGACCUGAAGCCAGGUGGCGUGACCUCUCUUCUCCAGAUCCACGACCUGAAAAACUCCUCUGGACUGUCGAGGAAAGAGCUCUGGAUCGCGGUCAAGAACGCGAUCUUGGUUCUGCAGGACAAUUACCCCGAGUUCGUGUCGAGGAACGUUUUCAUUAACGUUCCAUUCUGGUUCUACGCCAUCACGUCUCUCCUCUCUCCGUUCUUGACGCAACGGACCAAGAGCAAGUUUGUUGUGGCUCGUCCGGCUAAGGUCACGGAGACGCUCCUCAAGUACAUUGCAGCAGAGGAGAUUCCGAUUCAGCACGGUGGAUUCAAGAGAGAUGAUGAUACAGAGUUUUCCAACGAAGCUGUUUCUGAAGUUCUCGUUAAGCCUGGAUCAACUGAAACCAUUGAAAUCCCUGCUCCUGAGAGUGAAGGGACAUUGGUUUGGGACGUUGCUGUUUUGGGAUGGGAAGUGAAUUACAAGGAGGAGUUUGUGCCAGCAGAUGAAGGAGCUUACACCGUUAUUGUCCAGAAGGGGAAGAAGAUUGGUUCUAGUGAAGGACCGAUCAGGAACAGUUACAAGAACAGUGGGUCUUCUGGUAAGAUUGUUCUUACAGUUGACAAUGUCUCCAGCAAGAAGAAGAGAGUUCUGUACAGAGAUGUCAAACGGGCCAACCCGCACCCAAACGGGCCAGCCCUCCGCAGUUUCACUUUGCCGGCGGAUCAGGCGGGUCGGACCGCUGCGGGCCGCGGUCUCCAAAAGCUCGGCCCUAACCCGCACCGUUAUAUUGGCGGAUAUGCGGGUCAACCUGCGGGUUCAAUGAAUAUUAAGCUGAAAUCAAACCUGUAA